AUGGCGGAUGAGGCUUUGAUGCAGUACUUGUUUCAUGAUGAUAUCUGGGAGGCUAUUGAUACUGAUAUCAAUGAUACGGAGACACGGCGAGAUAGUAGGAACGGGAUUGAGAACGAGAACGGCAAUGGAAGGCAAGGCGAAGAGAGGGAACUAAAAUUGUCGAAUGGAACGGGGGAGAACCAUGAAGAGGGAUUGAAGCAACAUAGUGGUGGUUAA